UUGCUUCUCUUUGCUCUUCUCUUGACAGUUGGUGUGAGGAUGAUUUAUCUCAUCCAGAUAGGAAGUGGGGCCUAGCUACGAAGUUCACUGCAUCGUUCAGUGACUGUUGUUAGAGGACUGAAGUUCUGCUGCCGUGUUCUGGAACCUGGAGGUCACAGUAUUAUGCAUCAGUGUGCUGCCACUGUCAUAACUGCUACGAGUUUGUGUAGGAUUUGUGUCUUGCCGUGCAUUGAAGUUUUCUCAAUAGAUGAGUCGGCGUUGCCGGAAGAUAGAGCUUUAGAUAUGCUUUACACACGGCUGGCAAGAAUUUUGGAUGCAGCUUUCAUUUCUUGGUCUUUCUUUUUGACUGUUUGACGUGAAGAGACUUGGAUUCAACGCCGAGCAUGGAUUGAACGCCUCUUAGAAGUUUUGUGACAGACGUCGAUGUACUCUACUACUGCUGUUGUCUUGUUUUUGGUGGCUAACGGCGUGACUGUUUCGACUUUCAUGAUAUUCCUGCUGGAAGACGAGGAUGGUUAGGAGUACAUUGACUUCUCAUAGGAGCUGAUUUGUGUGCAAUAUUGUAGAUCACCGUCCCAGGCUGCACCUAUUUGAGAUGAUCGUGGGUCAUCAAGGAAAGGUAACAAUCCCGGAUUCAAGACAGGCCCGAGAACGAAGCCUCCAGGGCGCUCAACAGCCCCAAUUCUAGGAAGCAGUAGCAGCCUCCAAAGCGACUUAUUACGAGAAUUUCAUGAAACUGGAAUUUAUGGUCAUGCCGAAGAUAUUGGCAUAAUUCGGAAUGGAGAGCUUAGUCUUCUUAGCAAUGGCUCAACUGGCGGACAUGAUUAUUCCAGAGGCCCUGGAGAGGGAAAAGAUAUGCAUGGAGGAAUGCAGUUCACUUCCACAACAGUUGGUCCGUCCGUUUCGAUGGACAGUGGGAGUAUGGGAUCACCAUCUCAAGGAACAGAGGCAACGAUGGGAACGCCUGGCCCCAACGGAAUUCCAUUAAGGCUUCAACAUCCAGAAAGCAUGGGGGAUGAUCCCGAAUCUCCAGACGUAAUAGGUCGAAAGAAAAAGCGGGGCCAACGCACAGCUGCAGGAGAAAAAGGUGGCAAAGGUCUCCGACACUUUAGUAUGAAAGUAUGUGAGAAGGUUGAAAGCAAAGGGCGCACCACAUAUAAUGAGGUGGCUGAUGAGCUGGUUGCGGAGUACAAAAACCCUGAUAAUGUACUAUUUUCACCUGAUCAGCAACAGUUUGACGAGAAGAAUAUCAGGCGACGUGUUUAUGAUGCCCUUAAUGUCCUCAUGGCAAUGGAUAUUAUCUCCAAGGAAAAGAAGGAAAUUCAAUGGAAGGGUCUUCCUAGUACAAGUGCAAACAACGCCGAAGCCUUAAAGGCUGAGAGGAUCAAAUUGAGUGGCUUGCUUGAGAAAAAGGGUGCCUACCUGCAAGAGUUGGAAGAGCAGAUCGUAGGUUUACAAAAUUUGGUGGACCGGAACGAAAGAAUGUAUCACAUUAAGGGUCAUGUACCUGCCGGUGGAGUUGCAUUACCGUUCAUCCUUGUCCAGACCCGCCCACAAGCUACCGUCGAAGUUGAAAUAUCCGAGGACAUGCAAUUGGUCCACUUCGAUUUCAACAGCACUCCGUUUGAACUCCAUGAUGAUGCUUUUGUGUUGAAGGCCAUGAGCUUUGGUGAUGGACAAAACUCUGACAAUCGCGACUUACCGUUUACUGAUUCUGAGGAGGGUUUUGAACCUGCCUAUGAUGACCAUUCUUCCCCUGUAUCUAAUUUGUACCAUCGCCCUUCUAUCAUGUCUAUGUCUCCGAGGCCUCCUCCUCCUUAUUCUGUCUCUACUUCACCUCCACCCGUGCCCAGUAUCCUCAAAGCCAGGGUGAAACAUGAAAACUAUGGCUAACCCCAGUGGACAUCCCGAGCUUCAGCUUCUUUUGAAGCUUGGGAUUAAGACACAUCUAUUAUAUAAUUUCAUCAAGAAGUUUAGUUGAAGUAAUGGGAGGGUGGGUAGCAUAUCUCGAUGACCCUUUUAUGGGCAUGGGUCGAGAUAGAGAUGUACAUUAUUGUUCAUAUAUACGGAUCAAAGCAUAUGCUUAGUUUAAUUCAUCAUUAAGAAGCCAAUUUAAGGUUUGAUCCAGAAGUGAAAUUUAGGCAGUGAGCAUCUGUGCCCACGCUGAUCAUUUCUGAGUUUGUAUUUGCAUUUGUAUCCGGACCACUUUCGUGUCCGGACAGUAGAAUCCUAGCUUCUUGAGUAGAUCACCACUGCCUGUUAUCACUGAAGAUAUGUUCACCCCAUUUUUGCUGAAGAGAACACUGACAUGAUCUCUGAAAAGUAAAGACUUGAGUCUUGACGGUUGAUUAUUUUUCUGUCGCAAAACUGCGAAUUCAAUAUUUUCCUGUCCCGUUGUAUUUUUCCUCGCGUGUGUGAGUGAUGCUGGACUACAUCAUAAAAGGCUGCGCUGCACCGAAGCUUCCGUUUACACAAAGCGGGAAGUGGAGUAAGAAGAUACAAUCUCACUGCUUGCCACAUUUGGUGAACAUCCGCAGCGUUGACUGUCUAUAGGUAAUCGUACCCUAAUUGCAGCUACGAAAGAAAAACACUCAAUUCUCCAGAAUUUCUGCCCGACAAGAUCAUUCAUUGCGUUGGUUGUCAGUGUUCCGCAUGAAACCU